UAAACAUCUCCACAACACUCCAUAACAGCCCACACACCAUGUCCUCACCACACUCACCCGCCGGCUCCCCCGCAGACACACACGCAGCCUCGUCUACCCGCCCGCGCAACACUGUCCUCGACAUGCAGAGGCGUCAAUUGGAGAAGCUGCUGGCCAAUCCUGACAGGGAAGUCGCCCUCCCUGCCGGCCCACAGGAAAAAACACUACGUGCGCCGCGAGAAAUGAUGAAAAACGUACAAGGAUCGAGUGCGGGCGCCGGCUCUGGCGAGUUUCAUGUCUACAAGCAGAGCCGAAGAAGAGAGUAUGAACGGAUAAGACUGAUGACUGAAAAGACAAAGGCUGAAGAAGAGCACGCAGAGUUUUUAAAGAGACAAGCAGAACGUGAUGCUAUAGCAGAAGCGAAAACGGCCAAGAACCGAGCCAAACGACAAAAACGCAAGCACGGGCGAAAGGGAGGUGCAGAUGCGACGGAAGGUGAAGCUACAAGCGCAGGCGAUGGCGGUGUGGCGAAACGUAAACUCCAAGGAGGUGCAAAGGUCCUUUUCAAAAAGCCGGGUGAAGAAGCCAGCGAUAGCGAAGAGGAUGUUGGGCCUGUCGCUCCAGCAGUUGAGGAAGAACAGACGCCAGAAGUUGCUGAGCCCCAAAGAGUCGCAGAAGAAGCACGAAUAUCAAUUGUGGAUGAGGAUUAGUUUCAUAUUAGAUUGUAUGAUAUUCUUAGUGCGCAAAUCCAUCCAUAACACAAGUAACGAAUACGCAA